CAGGUGCGUCACAGAUCUUUGGUUUCAGCUAUUUGGUUGCAGCGCAGGCAGGUUGAUAAGAGCAAAAGAAGCAGCAGCGGAGGGAAAACAUAUUAACCUGUGAAUCUAAAUACUUUUGUGGCCAGAGCUGCAGUGAGAAAUGUUUUAAGAGAAAAAAGAAAGAGGCAGGCGUAUUUCCAGGAGGACCACAUCUCUCUCAUGCACUCAAUCGCCUGGACGCUCUGCGGCAGACAAACGUUCGUCAACCAGAGACUCUGUGCCCGGCUACAGUCAGAGACAUGAAGAGUGGCAAGAGAUCCUUCAUAGCUUUCAUCAAGGAGAGAAAAAUGGGGUUGAAUGACUUCAUCCAGAAGCUGGUGUCUACCCCACAUAUCUGCCAACACGUUGAAGUUAAUAACUUCCUGAAGAUGAAUGAGAAUCAAAACGAGGAGGAGGAGGACGACGACGACGACCAACUUCCUGAAAGUCUGAUGCGCUUCAGUAAACGAAGUUCCCUGGAUGAGGACACUCAGAUCAAACCGUGUGACUUUGAUUACCUCAAAAUCAUCGGCAAAGGCAGCUUCGGAAAGGUCCUGCUGGCUCGACACAAGGAGUCCACCAAAUAUUACGCAGUCAAAGUGCUGCAGAAGAAGAUCAUCUUGAAGAAGAAGGAGCAAAAACAUAUCAUGGCGGAGCGCAGCGUGCUGAUGAAGAACAUCAAGCAUCCCUUCCUGGUGGGGCUGCACUACUCCUUCCAGACCACUGACAAGCUGUACUUUGUGCUCGACUACGUCAACGGCGGGGAGCUGUUCUACCAUCUCCAGAGGGAGAGGAUCUUCCUGGAGCCCAGAGCAAGGUUCUACGCUGCCGAAAUUGCAAGUGCACUCGGCUACCUCCACUCCCUGCACAUUGUGUACAGAGACCUGAAACCUGAAAACAUCCUGUUGGACUCAUCGGGACAUAUUGUCCUCACAGAUUUUGGCCUCUGCAAAGAAGGCCUUACAGACAACAGUACAACUACCACCUUCUGCGGGACGCCAGAGUACCUGGCCCCCGAGGUUCUCCAGAAGCAGGCGUACGACCGCACGGUGGACUGGUGGUGUCUGGGAUCGGUGCUCUACGAGAUGCUCUACGGACUUCCCCCGUUUUACAGUCGCAACACAGCUGAGAUGUACAACAACAUCCUGCACAAGGCUCCCGUGCUCAAGCCCAACGUGUCCAACUCAGGCCGGGAGCUGCUGGAGGGGCUCCUGCAGAAGGACCGCACCAAGAGGCUGGGGGUCAAGGAUGACUUUCUUGACCUCAAGUACCACUCCUUCUUCUCCCCGAUCAACUGGGAGGACCUGAUGUCCAAGAAGAUCACUCCUCCAUUUAUCCCCUCAGUGAGCGGCCCCACCGACCUUCAGCACUUCGACCCCGAGUUCACCCACAUGCCCGUCUCCUCCUCUCUGUGCAACGACUCGCUGGCUGUGACCAGCAGCGUCAAGGAGGCGGCCGGAGCCUUCCCGGGCUUCUCUUACGGCCCUCCGGCGGGCAGCUCCUUCAUGUGAGCGCCAGCAGCUCUGCCGGGGAACUCGCAAGAACUCACGGGGCCGAGGGAACACAGGGCCUGUUUUUUAGUGUGAGGACUUUCCAGAGCCUGAUUGGAGGAUCCAACCGACAAAAUGGACAUGGAUAGAAAUGUGGGUUGGGGGCAGAUUUUGAGGGAUCUUGUGCAUGGAAUGUGUGUGCAGAGAGGUGGGGGGGGGGGGAGGCUCUCAGGACACAACCACAUCGACCCGACGCUUCUGCAUCAAACAUUGACUAUGAUACAUGUGUGCCAAGUAUGGAUGCACUCUGGGUUCAUAAGACAUCACUCUCACAGCUACUGGUGAGGUGACAUGAAGAGAAGUGCCUGAGGUUCUGAGCGGCAGUUCAGGUGGCGGCGGCGGCGGCGGC